AUGGGCGACCAUGUUUUCUUGAAGGUUACACUAAUGACAGGCAUUAGGAGAUCAAUUCGAGCCAAGAAGUUGACUCUAUGUUUUAUUGGUCCCUUUGAAAUCCUAGAGCAGAUUGGGACACUUGCCUACCGAAUUGUGUUGCCACCUCAUCUCAUGGGUGUGUAUGAUGGGUUUCAUGUCUCUCAAUUAAAGAAGUAUCAGCCUGACCCGUCUCACAUAAUUGAACCUGAAGAUGUUGAGUUAUGGGAGAACUUGACUUAUUUAACUGAGCUUGAGAGAAUAAACAAUGUAAAAGAGAAGCAGUUGAGGAAUAAGAUCAUUCGUCUAGUUAAAGUGAUAUGGAAGGGAAUGACUCUUAAAGAUGCUACAUAG